AUGAUGGAACGACAAGAAAUGAUACCGGGCUUUUUGCUGACUCUUCUCUUAGUCAUCGCACUAUUUAACUUAGCCAACGCCGAUGGACACGGUGGACAUCACAGCCAUGUGAUAAUCCACGUGCCGUAUAAGAUCAAGACCAUCCACCAUACGCACACGAUCAUGAAACACAUACAUCACGGCGGCGGCGACGAGGACAAGUAUGAAGUACUCGGAUACACCGUGGGUCAUCCUGUUGACCUCGGGGGUCACGGUGGCGGUGGCGGUGGCGGUGGCGGACACGAUUUCGGAGGUGGCGGACACGAUUUUGGAGGUGGCGGACACGAUUUCGGAGGUGGCGGCCACAAUUUCGGAGGUGGCGGCGGUGGUCACCUGGAGCUAGGGCACGGAGGUGGAUUCGGCGGCGGGGGUGGAUUUGGCGGCGGGGGUGGAUUCGGCGGCGGGGGCGGAUUCGGCGGCGGCGACUGGUCGGGACAUUAG